UCAAAGUUUAAAGGUAAGAAGGACGAAAAAUGGCAGCCGGCAAACUGAGGUGUUGGCAGUGAAUUGAAUGGCUUAUCCUCGAGUAUAUUUAGCUGCUAGCGCCCGUCUCUUUAAAAAUUGGAAUGCGGCAUUGUGCGAAUUCGUGAUAUAUAAGAGUUUUUUGAUUUAAGGAAGACUGUAUGAUGGCACUGGUGUACGAGUUCGUUUGGCGGAUUUUGCAUGCCCUCCUGCAUCUACAACGAGUGCUCAUCUCCUGGUUCCGAAUCCGCCUGUGGAACUGGCGUCUCUGGAAGCGGGCUGUGGCGGCUCUGCUGGUGCCACUGGCGCUUGGUUUUCAGAACCACAAAAAACUAGGCACGUCUGCGGGCAAGCGGGGUCUCCGCCGAGUACGGUGGGGAGCAGACGGGAAAUCUCUAGAGAAAUUGCCGCUGCAUGUCGGCUUGCUGAUAGUGGAGGAGGAACUGCACUACACGGACAUCGCCAACCUGGUCGUCUGGUGCAUGGCCGUGGGAAUCUCUUAUGUUAGUGUUUACGAUAAUCAAGGUAUCUUCAGAAGAAACAACUCCAGAUUGAUGGACGAAAUCCUCAAGCAGCAACAGGAUCUUCUGGGUCUUGACAGCACCAAGCACCCCGUUGAGUUUUUGAACAACAGAAAUGAGAAACAAGACCAUCAAGUGCUGUCGUGCCAGCCGGUGGUGAAGGCCUUGUCUCCCGACGACGGGAGGCCCAGCAUCGUGAGGGCCGCCCAGGAGCUCUGCAAAGCCGUGGAGCAGAAGGAGAGGAGGGCCAAAGACAUAGACGUCCACAUGCUGGACUCCUUACUCAGGGACUCGGUACACAUACCGGACCCAGACCUUGUGCUGAAGUUUGGUCCAGUGGAGAGCACCUUGGGUUUUCUCCCGUGGCAUAUUCGGCUGUCUGAGUUCAUCUCCUUGCCUUCUCACACGGACGUCUCCUACGAGGACUUUUUCAGCGCCCUCCAGCGCUACUCUUCCUGCGAACAGAGGCAGGGGAAGUGAGAGCCUCUCUAUGUUUACAAGCAACCAAGAACAAGCGCCUGCUGCCGCCCCCCGGUCCCCAAAACAUCCCUCGGCCCUACCCCAACCUGUGUUUAAUUUCAGCUCCUCAAAAAGAACGCAAGUGACGUCUCCGCCCCCCCACCCCAACCUCCCACCCUGUCAGAGCCCAGGUAACUGCCAACGAGGACGCCCACCUGCUGAAGGUUGAGAGACUUAGGUGACCAGGCCCCUGCCUGUUUAGAAAGCAGCAGCUUGAACGUACCUGAAAUGACUUUAUGGGAUCUGCUGUAUGCCCUUAACACGUUUUUGUGUCUGUCUGUAAUUUAAGCAAAAUGGUAUUCAAAAGAUCAAAAUCCUAUUUAAAAAAAAAAAAAAAAAAAACUAAAAAAAAGUCUCUGAACAUAACGGUUUGUCGGAGAAUGACACUUAUCUGUCACAUUAAAAUAACACAUCUGUCCGUGUCUGUCUGUCAAGACGGAUCAAGUAAGCGCUGUGUAGAGCAUCUAUUUAGAUAAUUCUCAGUGGCCUGUGAGUCGAUUCUGAAUGUGGAUAUUUCUAGCAUACACAUCAAUGUUUUUGUGUGGAAGUGGAUGUGAGCUGAUCUGUUCUGAUCUGCCCAGCUUACCCAAAACAUUCUCACCAUGUUGCUGCCAUGUAGUGGCAAUGUUAUAACCUUCACCAAACAUUCCAGUAAUGCUGUGAGAACAUUUUGUGUUGGCUGGGGGUAUUCUGCAUGCAUAGGAUGCACUGUGAAAUCGCAAGGUUGUGCAGUCAUUCAGAGUGAGAGUAAUACUGUGUCCUUAUGUGUGUCUGUCUCUGUGUGCAUGCGCAUCUCCCCAGCCAGCGAGCUGCACCAAUCUCCACUAAAUCCUGGGACUCUAAUCUAGAAGGCAUCAAAAUGGUUCCGUCCAUGACAUUUUCCACUACGCCCGUUUGAAAUUAUUAGAAACGCUGAAGGAAUUUGCACAGGCAAAAGAGCUUAAUAUUAACAGAUGUCAACUCCGGAAUUUGUCUUUUUACAGCUUAUAGGAGAGGGACAUUACAUUUCCAAAUGGUUUAAGAUAAUUUCCAUCAGAUUUUCAUUUAACAUACGCUUAAAAUUGGGUUGAAUUAUAUUUGUAUUUGAUUACCAAAAAAAUAUUGCACUCAAACUGCAUGAUAUUUCCAUUGUUCGCUAUAUCUCAGUUUCAAGGCUCUAAUUUCGGCUGCUAAUUUCCAGUGUAGACGCUGGUUAAUAUGAGUCAGGAUGUUAUCUUUACGAGCUUCGCUCCUCCCGCUCCCUGUCGACGGUAAUCAGUGCGAACAUCCAAUAAAUGUUACUGGUGCCUCUACUGGCCAAAAACUGCUAAUUGAGUUUAGAUGGAACUCGUUUAUGGUCUUUUUCAUGUGAACAUUGUUGUUUGUAUUUCUGUGCCUACGGUGAGGGGAAUUGACUGUAUACAGUAUUUUGCAUUGCCAUAAAAUUGGGGAUGUCAGCAGAAGUUUGCUUUGUGUUGUGCUCUGAAUGCCCAUCUAUUUUGCAGUUUUAUCAGUGGUCACAUCUAUGGCACCAUAGCACUUAAUCCUGGCUUGGCAAUAAAUGUGUACGUUUUAUUGUGUCUUUUUAGUACUUGAAAUCGGAAGCUCCUGGAAAAGUUAGCUUUUUUUAAUGGCUAAGAAAUGUAUCAUACCACGUGAAAGGACAGCAGAGUUUGGAGUUAUUUAAAGCGUUGAACGGACCUCCUACAGCACGGGCUUGAUGCUCCUUAGCCAUCGGAAAAGGAGCGGUAAUGCACUGUAAUUGGCUCAGAUCUGCAGGUGGGUCGUUUCUCCGUCCUGCAUUUUCUACCAGAGGCUCCAUGGGAGUGCCGUUCCUAUUCACCGGCAAUUUAUUUAUCGACGGCGAUGAGAACGUUUCCCCGUUGCGCAACUGUCCAAGUACGGCUGAACCACCAUCUGCAAAUUGCCCGAACGACUGUGCCGCAAAUAGUUUAAUUUGACUCGAAUUGAAAGCGUUCAUCUGUUAAGACGUUUUCCCCCACACACAGUCCUGCUAGUUUGAACAGUUUACGACCGAAAAUUUCAUACAUGCGUUUAAGUAUUCAGCUCUCUGCUGAUCAAAACUCCAGUUCUGUUAAAAGGCUGCAAUAUUCCCCAUGUAGUGUAUUUCUGGAUUUAACAUGACAAAUUAUGCAAAAGUAAUGAUAAAUUGAUAUUUGUGGAUUAUGACUGUUGGUGUUGUUAAGAAAUGCUGUUAGGAGGUCCUUUUAUGCAGUGUGGGCUUGAAUGAUUUUACACACACAGCUCUCCUGACUGCUACACUACCAUGGACAGAAGCUGCUUUACAGUUUGUUUGAGUUGUGCAUCCUGUAAUAUAACUGCUUUUAAUGCUGUAAUAUAAUCAGUCCAACCACAACCUGUAAUAACGCUGCUUUUCAUAGAUACCACAGAUGAGUGUCAUCAUUUGGUAACCAAGCGAAACUGAGCCAAAGUCUUAUUCAAUUAAGCAUAUUGAUGUGUUACUGCAGACCCCAGAUAUACCUGAUCAAUAGUUCAAAUUGUGGCAGGAUAGUUGUGAUUAAACUUCCUAUAGAUUCAUGUUAUUAAUUGUAAUUCAAGGUCAGUACUGCAUGAGACCCUAAAAUCUCUGAUGUUGGUACGUAUUUCCAGUGAAGAGGUCCCUUGAAUCUUCUAGCAGGAAAGAUUUGUGUAAAAUCUCAGUAAGCUGUUUCCAUUUCAUAAAGAACUUUUGAUCUGCAAGGAUUUUGUCAGCUCUAAGCUCCUUAGAAAAUUUAUUAGCACUGAGCAUUUUGUCUGAUUUUGAAUGAAUGUGGCAUUUAAACUCUGACAGCCGUGGUUACGACUUUAGAAGAUUAUUCUGCAUUACCAUGAGCUCAGGUUAGACCAAACGGAUCCCCAUCUCCCCAAACUCAUACACGCACGCACACACGCACGCACAGCCAUUUUAGAAGAUGAUGACAUUUCGGCUUUUCAUGAGGAAAAUGCAGCCUGGGGAUUUUUUGUUUUUUGCUGAAUGAGACUUCAGUCACAUUUCUCUAAUGACAUAAUGUUGGAAGAGUUUCUAUUUCGAGGCAUUGCCUCAUAUGCGUGAUCUGUUUGCUACAGCUGGGUUCUGCAGACGUUCAGAUGACCGGCUGUAGCUGACUUCACACAUUUCCGAGGUAAAAUGCUGUCAUCAGAUCUAAAAAUAAGAAGAAAACGAGAUAUUUAAUAGGUGCAAAAAAUUUUUUUUUAAAGACACAAAACCGCUUUGUGAUUGAGGACAUGUUUUUCACUCUUGGCUUGGUUUAGGUGGAAAAAAAAAAAACAAGAAGAUGCCAAAUAAGUGAAGCCCUCAAAUACAUGCUGGGAAAUGUCCUUGGCAUCAGAUGUGUAUUACAGACUGAAUAAUCGUUCCCUUUUUUUAUUUGAUUCAUUUUAAAAGACCAUGAUUUCUUUUAUUUAUUCAUUUUUCUUCAUAGCUGCAGAUUUAGAGUGUACCGCAUUAUUCCAUUUACACUUUUGUUACACUGUUGUUAUCGCAUGAAGCACUGAGACCUUUCUGCUCUUCACAGGAGUUAAGAACCCAGCCACCACUCAGCCCUCACAAUUUAGCUACAAGCUGGUACAUAAAUUGUAAAUAAAGGAUGCAAGCACAUUACGCAACGAAGAUAAUAGAUGGGGCAUGCUCAAAUCUCGCGCUCGAGGCCGGCAGUACUGCUGGUUCUCAUUUUUGCCCUCUAAGCAGGACUGAUUUAAACCAGAGACACGAGGGGAGCGGAAUCGCUAGCAAAUCAGUGGCAUUAAUCGAUCGUUUAACUAUCUGGUAGGAAAAAUAUAUUUUUAAUACGGCUGGCCUCGAGGGCCCAAUGUGAGUAUCCCUGUAAUAGAUAAUGAAGAUGUUCUAUUGUGAGAUGCUCUCUCUUCACUGGGAAUGUCUGCCCUUGAUUCGAGUCUCGGCGUUGUGGGAGAUAGCCGCGUAGCUCUCGUUCGCUUCAAUCUAGUCAGCGGUGCCAAAACCAAUGUCAGAAUGGGGACGUCGCGUUGUGAAUGUGUCUCUUUUUGUCUAGUGCUGACCCUGCAAACCCUGGCAAACCUGAUGUUCAUUUGUGUCCAACUGUAAAUAAUGUGUAGAAGGGUUUUUAAACUAAAUUGAAGAGUCGACUCUAUACGAAUACCUGUGUACCUAUUUUAAAUGAACAUGCUGAUUAAAAUGGGGAAAGAAAUAGCUAAAA